CAAGACCUCAACCCUGGAUAAUUAUACUCCCGGAGCCGCUUAGCUGAUACAUAUCCAAUGCCGAGCGCGCAGAGCCCAUCAGGCGGUGCUUUCAAGGCCAAGGUUGAAGAGAUCGUUAGGCAUCAGACCGAUCUUGCAGACAGACCGUAUAGCGUAGUACUUCGGAUCCAGCUAGCAGGUGCCUACAAGGCCGCUGGAUAUCCGGAUCUCGCGGCCGGGGAGGCUUAUAAAGCUCUCUUGCUGAUUGACGAAGUUGUUCAAGAUGGAGAGUUCCAUGAAGAAGCAAUAAGUGCCGCUAUAUCAGAUGCUACUUCUGCAACUACUUGUGAUAUUGCAAUAAAGCCUACAAUUAUUGGACCCUCGAGCAAUGUUGAAUGCAGGUGCAUUUCAUCGCCUCGCGACCCCGAUGUCGAGGCAGAUGAGGCCGAGGGGGUUGCACGAGCUGCUACAUGUUGGUCACAUUCAGCUUAUUCAAUCCUCAUUGGUUCCUUGAUACAUUGUGGAUCAUUGAGGAGUGCGAACGACUACAACUCUCGCGCUUUACGGGCGUGCCCAGAUGCUGUUUUCGAAUCGUAUCAAGAAGCCAUUCGGUCCAAGGUCAAGGCCUCUUGUGAGUCCAAAGGCGAUGUGUACGAUGCUGCAGAUGUUUCAAACUAUCCCGAGAAAGGCUUUGUCCGCCGCGAGCUGUAUCCUUGGAAUGAUCACGAACCGAACAGGUACUCUCAGGAGAGUAUUGAGUUUUUAAACACAGAACUUAGCCAGGUCGCUCCAAGACUGGAAGUCAAGGUUGCGAGCUUGCCUGUGCUUUCUACAGACAACAAGUCUAGCAAAUCUCCGGAUUCGGAAGAGUCAGUAACAUAUGUCAACCAGUUAGGUGUCUUCGCCAAGGAAGAUAUUGGUGCUGGUGAGGAGAUUCUGAAAGAGAAGUCGCUUCUGACAGCAGUAUCGAGACUCCGUGAUUCUUAUUGCGAUGCUUGCAGCGCACCACUGCCGAAGACAGAUGGCAGCAGUGGGGAUAGCACGGAAGGAACUACCAUUCUUGAUUGCGAAGAGUGCAAUGAGGUUUUCUUCUGCAGCGAAGAUUGCCAUGACCUAGCUCAAGAGUCAUACCAUCCAUCCCUCUGCGGAGUCAAUGUAGAGCAAAAGGUAUCUGCAAGCGAGGCGGCAGAUGCCCUCUACUCUCUACUCCUCAUUCGCGCUCUAGCCCUUGCAGAAACCCAGAGCGAACACCCUCUCGAUUUGAAGGAAGUUCGCUAUAUCUGGGGCGACUAUCACAGCCAAAAUCUGGAUGAUGCAUGGGCAGCUGACGACUCCUUCGGCUCGAUAGCACAAACCUUGCCAUUUACAUUCGAGGCCAAUGUUGUAAGACCACUCAAUAUUCUAGAGAAAAUGGACGUAAACAUCUUCGAAGAGAGCCAUCGGUAUAGCCCUUGGGUUUUCAACACUUUGUACGCAAAGUUCAGAGGCACUGCAUCAGCACGGCAAGGACCGGACGGACGGCCGGAAAUCGGUGCUGUACACCCACUUUGGUGUCUUGCUAACCACAGCUGUGAUCCAAAUGUGGCGUGGGAAUGGCAAGGAAGCAUCAGGUUUUGGACUCGAGAGAAACUUGUUGAAUGGGACGGGAGGGAUCCCGAUCGUCGCCCUGGCAUACUCAAGGGCGAAGAGGUCCUAAGUCACUACUGCGACAUUCGUCUUCCUGUCAAAGAGAGGCGCGAGUGGGCUGUUGGCGCAUUGGGGGGAUUGUGCAUGUGUCCGAGGUGCGUCUGGGAAGAAGCGAAGGAGGAGGGCCUCGAGAAGAGCGUAUGAGCUCUAGAAUAUUGGCCCGUUCCAUCGAGCACGACCAUCCUAAGCUGCAAGUACGAACCCAACAGAUCUCUAGUGCCGCCUCAUGGCCGGGUGGGCGAUGUACAUUAGAUUCAUAGCUGGCUUGCGACUACGACAGUCUCUCGUGAGAAUGAUGUUCGAUCACAGUAUGCGCAUGGCUCCA